ACAAUCCUUAUUAUUUGUUGCCCCUUCAGAAGAAAUCCAAAACAUCCCUUUUCGCCCGCGGUUCAUCACUGAAAAUGGAAAGCACAGAGCGGGAAGAGCGACCGGCCGGAGAGGACGCCGCCGGGAAGAAGAAGAGCUUCGUGAUAAACAUCCCUUCGUAUCAGGAGGUGAUGGAGACCUCUCAGACCAAAACGGUGCCGUCUUCUCUCUUCAACCCUACGACUUCCUUCUCUCAAGCCUUCAAUUUCGUCAAGGACUCAGAGUUCUACUCUCAGCCGCCGCCGCCGCCGCCUUCCUCUUCCGCUUCCGCUCCUCCGGCGUCGCAAACCGUCGCUCCAAGGCCGAUUAUCCAAUCAGAAGCUCCGUCUUUGUCGGCUACGCGGCCAUCAUCUUCUUCCACCGCUGUUCCUCCGCCGCGAAAUGCUAUACUUGUAAGCCAUAGACAGAAGGGAAAUCCUAUGCUUAAACAUAUAAGGAAUGUUAGAUGGGUUUUUGCAGAUGUGGUUUCUGACUACCUAUUGGGGCAGAAUGCUUGUGCCCUAUAUUUGAGUCUUCGAUAUCAUCUUCUUCAUCCAGACUAUUUGUAUUUUCGGAUAAGAGAGUUGCAGAAGAAUUUUAGGCUACGUGUUGUUUUGUGCCAUGUUGAUGUUGAAGAUGUUGUUAAGCCUUUACUUGAAGUUACAAGGACAGCUCUACUUCAUGAUUGCACUCUAUUAUGUGCUUGGAGCUUGGAAGAAUGUGCACGCUACUUGGAGACAAUAAAAGUUUAUGAAAACAAGCCUGCUGAUUUAAUUCAGGGCCAAAUGGAUACAGACUAUCUAUCUCGGCUGAAUCAUGCUCUCACAUCAAUACGGCAUGUUAACAAGACAGAUGUAGUGACCCUUGGCUCAACAUUUGGGUCUCUUUCUAACAUCAUGGAUGCAUCCAUGGAAGAUCUCGCUCGUUGCCCUGGCAUAGGGGAGCGCAAGGUAAAACGCCUGUAUGACACUUUCCACGAACCUUUCCAGCGUGAAGUGUCUAAACAUGCCGUUCCUGAAGCAGCUGCUAAUGCAAAUACCGGGGCAAGUCCUGCCCCUGAAAGCGAAGAGAUCGAGACAGCAGUCAAAGAUCCAAACAAGCGCAGAAAGAAUGAACCCGACAUAACAAUCAAGUCAGCACUUUCAGCUGCUUUCGCCAAAUAUUCUCAUAAAGUUGGUAGAAAGACUGAUAAAUCUCAACACGAAAAGGCCGAAGGGGAAGAAAACAACACCAAUCCAGAAAUGUUCAACUGUUGACAGGGACCAACCAAUUACAAGAAGUUUCAGGGCAGAAUAGCAAUACAAGAAAUGUUCAAAGAAAGUGUACUAAGUUGAGAAAUCGAACAGAAUUUUUUUGUAGUACAAGAAAAAUGUAUAGACUGGCAAACCUGUUGAUGGUUCAUUACAGGAAGCUGCAAGUUAAUUAUAACUCCAAUAGCCAAUCCAAAAUUUUAAACUAA